AUGAACCUCAAACGAUUGAUUCCCUUCGGCUUGGUUUUCAUCCUAGCAACAGAAUACAUUCCCUUGAUCAUCAUCUUUGCACCUCAGCUGAUCCCAACAACCUGCGUUACCCCAUCACAGCUUGAGGGACUUCGCAAGAAGACACAUGAGAAACGCAGUGCCAUGACCGAGAAGUUGAUUCGUUUGAACCGUCGCGAGAUCAACAAGGAGGCUCUUGCUAAUUACAACUCCUUCAUCACGAUCGCCAAAAAAUACGGCGAGGGAUUUGACUACUCCAUGAUUGAUCACCAACACCUCGCUUCCUUCUGUCGGUUCAUGGGCUUGAAUGGAUUUGGUCCCAAGUUCCUGCUCACCAAGCGCCUGGACAAGUACAUGCGGUACAUCAAGGAAGACGAUCUCCUGAUCCAAAAGGACGGUGUCGACUCUCUGACCUUCGCCGAGCUUCAACUAGCAAACGAGGAACGCGGCAUGCGCUCUCUUGAGGUUAGCAAGGAGCAUUUGGAAAAGUCGCUGGCCUACUGGCUGAAGCUGAGCUUAAGCAAGGAUGCCACUGUCCCACCAGCGCUGAUGGUCUUCAGCAGGAUGUUUUUGUUGCACUCAACAUUCAAGUCCGAUGCCGGAAAGAAAUAG